AUCUACGGUACACGAUGCCCUGUUGUCUGCUACGAGAAGUAUUCCUAAGCAAAAGGAGGUUAUCUGGUACCUGGCCAAGCGUAUAACAUACCCCCCUUGUAAUGAUAUCAUGAUGAACCUUAUUAAGGCCGGCCAUUUGGACAUACUCUUGUAUUUAGCUCACCAAUACCGUGACUUAGCGACGUCGGUUGAUACCAAAAACAAUGGCCUGUUGGAAGUCUUUGUGCAUGUGAAGUCCUACUACCGUAGUGGAGCUAAACUCAAUUUUUGGGAAAAAUGUAUUUACCAAUGUGUCCCUUGCUUGGUUGAUACACCAUUUGACAACACCAAAGACAUGAAGAUGGCUCGAGCGACUCACCGGUUCAAGACAUUACUCUGGAAUGUUGUCACAAAACCAGGUACACUAACUGCCAUGGUAUCUUUAGACAAAAAACAUGCCAUGGUAUCUAUAGAAAAAGGACCUUAUUUCAUCCAUGGGUAGAGAUAUCUAUCUUAAAUUGUAAAUUGAUAUUAUUGACAUAUCCCGUUGAGAUCAUAGUUAUCAAUAUGAAUCGGCUCUUGAUUUGUAUACUACGAUAUGAUUA